ACAUAUUCACAUACUACACAAAUACAAUCCUUCUCUCUCACACUCUCUCCCCCCUGUCCACUAAUCUCUGACCCAUCUCUCUCUCUCUCCCUCUCUCUCUGUUUGGCAUUCAAUCCAGCCUCAUUUUGAGCCUGCUUUGCAUACAUUCCAAAACAGAGCACUCUGUUUCUUCCCCUGUUUCACAAAACUCUCGAACCAAAGAUGACCAAAAAGAAUGUGCUUGUCAAGGAAUCAGGUCUUGAGAUGGCCAUAAACAUGGCCGUCUCAAACUCUUCCAUUUUCACGACGGCGGCUCAGAAGCCGCCGUCUGUGCCAGGCGGUUACAUAACCAUCUCCCGGAAGAAGUUACUUCAGAAUCUCGAGAUUAAUGGAGGAACAAGAAUCAACUCUUGGGUUGAUUCCAUGCGAGCUUCUUCACCUACUCACCACAAAGCCUCGCAUUCACUUGCUGAUGACCACAGCUCUUGGAUGCUUCAGCAUCCAUCAGCUCUAGACAUGUUUGAGCAGAUUACGAAAGCUUCCAAGGGGAAACAAAUAGUCAUGUUCCUUGACUACGACGGAACCCUCUCUCCCAUUGUUGAGGACCCAGAUCGUGCUUUCAUGUCUGAUGCUAUGAGAGCAACAGUUCGAAAGCUUGCUAGAUAUUUUCCAACUGCUAUAGUGAGUGGAAGAUGCAGAGACAAGGUGUAUAGUUUCGUACGUUUGGCAGAAUUGUACUAUGCCGGAAGCCACGGUAUGGACAUAAAAGGACCUUCAAAAGGAUCCAACUAUGCCAAGAGUGCUCAAUCUGUUCUUUGCCAGCCAGCCAGUGAAUUCCUACCUAUGAUAGAUGAGGUUUACCAGAUACUCCUGGAGAAAACAAAAUCUACUCCUGGUGCUAAGGUGGAGAAUAACAAGUUCUGUCUUUCUGUGCAUUUUCGCUGUGUUGAGGAGAAGAGAUGGAGUGAACUGGCACAACAAGUUCGGUCAGUGUUGAAGGAGUACCCAAAGCUUCGAUUGACACAAGGAAGAAAGGUAUUAGAGAUACGUCCUACCAUCAAGUGGGACAAAGGCAAGGCGCUUGAGUUUCUGUUGGAAUCACUCGGGUAUGCUAAUUGUGCCGACGUCUUUCCUGUUUACAUUGGCGAUGAUAGAACCGAUGAAGAUGCGUUUAAGGUGUUAAGAGACAGAGGACAAGGUUUCGGCAUUCUUGUUUCCAAAAUCCCCAAGGAAACAAAUGCAGCUUAUUCUUUACAGGAGCCAUCUGAGGUGAUGGAUUUCUUACGACGACUGGUGGAGUGGAAACGGCUAUCUCUGAGAAGACAAUUCAGAAUGCUGAGAAGAGCUGUAUUAGAUGAUGGAUUACUCACUAAGUUGGAUAAAGCGGAACCGAUAAUUACAGUUCAGGAUGCCGAGAUGACAUGCGCAUGAGGGCAUCAAAAUAAUCUACCCUGUUGAUGAAUUAUGUCUAGAAUAUUAGGUGGAUAUGCAAAUAUAUAUCAAAAUAUAGUAUGUAUCUGUAAACUCUUGUUUGAAGAACAACAAGAGGGCUAAGGGGAAAUGAACAGAGGCCUUUCUUUUUGCCUCGAGGCCUUGUACAUUUGUAUCUAGUCAUGUACAAGGGGGAAGUCUGUAAUGUUCAACUUGUUUGAUCAAUGAAUAGAUGGUUUUCUAGCA